UAAGGUUAUAACUUAUGUUUUCAAUAAUUUUAAUUUGAAUAUUUACUAACAAUUCAAUCGCAAUGAAGGUAAAACGUUACAAGAAAGUUAACAAAAACCUUCGAUUCUUCAUCAACAAUUUCGGAUUCAGACAGCCCUAUCAAAUUCUAGUCGAUGGAACUUUUUGUUAUUGCGCUCUUAACAAUAAAGUUAACAUAGCCGAUAACGUUCCGAGAUACUUACAAGGAGAAAUAAAGUUAAUAACCACGCAAUGCGCCAUCAUAGAAAUGGAAAACUUGGGUCCGAAAUUGCACGGAGCUUUGUUAAUUCUAAAGCAAUACGCUGUGCAUAAAUGCGGCCACGAAGGUAAACCCAUAGCCGGUUCGAAAUGCUUUUUAAACAUGCUAGGAAAGUCCAAUGAGAAUCACUACAUUUUGGCAACGCAAGAUAGAGAUCUUCAAGAGAAGGCCCGGGAAAUAGUGGGUGUACCUUUACUGUAUUUACAUAUGAAAACACCGGUGCUCGAGAAACCAUCCGAGGCGUCUAGUAAGGCUUCGAUGGAUAGGCUCAGCGCCUUAGGAGCUUCGGAAACCAAAGCCUUGGAAGAGUUGAAAUCGAAGCAGGGCUUAGAAGAGGAAAAAAUGAAGAAAAAGAAGAAGAUUAAAGGUCCGAAUCCCUUAUCGUGUAAGAAGAAAAAGAAAAAAACCGUCACGAAUAAUCCUAUUAACAAAAAAGAGGGACAACCAGAACAGGAUAAGAAGAAACGAAAGAGAAUUAAAUUACCAAAACACGUUAGGCAAGCCUUGUUAGAGAAUAAACCGAAUUAGGUAAUUAUAUUUUUAUUUAUUUAACCG